AAUCGGCCCGGCCCAUCACGUUUAAAGCUCAUCGAAUGAGAAGACGACCAGAAAACUGACGAACUCGAAGUCGCUGACUCGCCGAGCUACUAUCAAAGACAGCGCGCGUAGAAGCCUAAUUCACCAACCCAACUAAAUUCUGAGCCCUAAUUCUUCCUGUUGCAGACCACUCGCACAGAUCGAAACCGCACCGCAGCAAAGAGAAGGUGAUAAGUAUUCCUUUUUUUUUUGCCGCCAUCGCGAAUCUGUUAUUGUUCAAUUGAAUAAAUACAAAAAAAAAAUGACUGUUUAACUCUCCAUUGUACUAUGGCCUGCUUCCAAUCUGCCGUCUUCACAUUGCGGACUAUUUACCCCAACGCCGUCAUCUGGUCCGAAGAAAAUUUGGUGGUGGUGGCGUGCGGCACUGCUGUUAUAAUUUUGAAUCCUCAUAAUCCUAAAGUUCGAGGUGUGAUUGUCGUUCCAUCAAGCAAGCGCUUUCCCACUGGGAAGAUUAAUGAUGAUGGCAGAGGUGCGGAUUUGCUAAAUGGGUGUUUGCUUCCUUAUCAUUUAUUGCGGGAAACUCGUCCUUGUACUCGGUCGAUUUCUUGGUCUCCUGCAGGUCUUGCUAGCAAUGCUGGUUGUUUACUUGUUGUUUGCACCACUAGUGGGCAUGUGAAGGUUUAUCGCCGUCCACAUUGUUAUCUGGAGUGGGUAGAGGUUGUGAACAUAUCUGAAGUGCUAUAUAAUUACUACAAGAACACCAAUUUCGGAGAGUGUCAAAUUGUACCUUCAGAGGGUUCUGAUGUUAUACCAAGACAAGAUACUGCAGAUCAUAAAUGUACUUAUGGUACAUUUUUUAGAAAGAGUCACAAACAUAGAAGACAAAAAGCAGCUGAUAUAGUAACAGAAGACCAUGGAAAUUUAGGAGAGAAUAACACUUGGCAAAUUGUUCCUGUCUCAUUCUAUGAAGGGAAGCCUUCGGAGGAAGUGACUGAAGAAUGUCUCCCAUUAAUAUCUGCACAGCAGUACGCUUCUCGCAAUGAAAUGCUAAUGUCACUUAUUGUUGCUUGGUCUCCAAUUCUGGAGACAUCUGGGAACGAUGUUGGUUUACCUUCUAGCUCUUCUAACUGCUGCUCUAUUCUUGUUGUUGGUGGAAAGUGCGGUAGAAUUUCAUUGUGGAGAGUUCGUGCACCCGAGUGCUAUUCUAGUGAUAAUGCUGGGCACUCAGGUGAGGUUUCACUUGUUGGCCUUGUAAAGGCACAUGAUAGUUGGAUUACCGCAAUUAGUUGGGUUGGAUAUGGGUCUAAUGUUUCAAAAGCCCAGUUUGCAUUGGCUACUGGAAGUUCUGAUGGUAGUGUGAAGAUCUGGCUGGUAAAUGGUGAAAAUUUACUCAAGGCAUCAGAAGUUAGCAAUGAUUCAUUGUCUUUGUUGAAGGAGUGGUCGUUGACAAGGAUCGGAGUAUGUGAAUGGAGACAUUGUUGUUGUAUUCAGGCAUUGGAUCAGAUCGGCUGUAAUCGUCUUAUGCAUGCGAAUGUCGUGAGUUUGGCAUGUCCGCUUAAAUGUGAACGAUUUCGUUAGUGGCUAUUCAAAACAAGCAACUUAAUCGAGACUUAUGCAGCUUCUAUUAAAGUUAUCCCACAUCCCGAUGAGUGGAAUGUUUCCUCGAAGAUCUCAUCAAUCAUCAUCCAACUGCCAGCUCACAUCCAUCAAGCCAAACGUCUGAGUAUGAGUCGUGUUAUGACUGCAUUUAAGGAUGAGUCAAUAAGAAGACGUAGACAGGCACAUGUGGAUGGUGUCAGAACACUAGCCACAACAGAAGCGUUUGCACAACCCUACCCCAAUAAGUGGCGUCAAUAUGAAUGACCCUCCAGAAGAAUUAGACGGGGAUAGAGGAAACGAAAGACGUCGACGACCCAAGAAAUAUAGUGUUUGUCGUAGUCUAGAGCACAACAAAUCAAAGUGUUUGAAGCGCACAGACAAAGAUAAUUGAUGAGGCCUACAUUUUUGGUUAGUGGGAUCGAGAAUAAAAUUUCAUCAUACUAUUCUUCAAUUUGUUAAAGUUACUUUCAGAGAGAUAGAGGCGAAUUUCUCUAAGCUUGGUCAUGUCACUAGUGCACGGCGUGAUUAUCUCAUCGCUCGUAAUAGUGGAAUCACUUCUCGUUAUGCUCCGCCCCCUACGGUGAUGAACGUGUAUUGGUGGCCUCCUAGCGGUGACUGGAUGAAAGUUAAUACCGAUGGCUCCGAGCUCCUGGCUCUAUUGCGGCAGGGGGGGGAGGUUUAGAGACAAAUGGAGUCAUGUGCGUGGUUGCUUUCAUGUCAAAUGAGGUACUGGGUUUGCUUUCGAAGUUGAGUUACUUGCCAUUAUUACUGCUAUUUCUAUCGCCCAUUCAUGUGGGUGGCUUCGAUUGUGGGUAGAGAUGGAUUCCACGUAUGUGGUCCGUCUCUUAGAUACUAAAUCGGAGGACGUUCCUUGGCGCUUUAUGGCCCUUUGGAAAUGCCCUCUUCAUCGGCUUAAUGAUUUCCAACUCCAUGUUAUGCAUAUUUUCCGAGAAGGGAAUGUUGCUGCUGAUAUUAUGGCCAACAGUGAUCGGGAUGAGGGAUGGUGGCCCUUCUCCAUCGACGCGAUCAAGGAAGCUACUUCACGGGAUAUGUCCUGUCAUAGCUUUGUCCGUAUUCGAUGAUUUUGGUCUUUCUUCGGCGAGUCUCCUGCUCGCCUUCUUGUUCGGGUUUUUCUUUAUUUUCUUGGCUGCGGUUGAGAUGCCCGCUGGCAUUCUGGAUUAGCCAUGAGUUGGUGGAUCACUUCUUGUUCUGUGGUGGUGUCGGCGCUUUCGGGUUAUGGGUUGUGCUCUCUUGGCGGCAUUUUUGCAAACACUUGGUGCGUCGUUCAGGUUAUGGGCAUUUUAUUUUUCUUCUUUGGAUGCUUCUUCCAUGAGGUUUUUUAGUAUGUGGCUCGGUUGUUCCUGCCUUGGGUAUGCGCUGCUAUCGGCGGUUUGUGUCUUGGUGGAUAAGGAGGUUGAGAAUUUUUGUGUUGUUUUAUGUUUUGCUACGUUGUCUUGUUUGUUUUUCCAGCUUGGGAGAGACCGGGGCCGCUUGGGAAUAAUGGUUAGGCCGGCGCUCCCGAACUGGUCCUUCCCGAUCUCUAGCCUUCUGCGUUUCGUUUGGUUUUGUCUUGACGAGCACUCUUUUUCUUGUUAAGGGUUUUCCCUUGGGGUUUACCUUAGCAAGGUUUUAAUGAGGCUCGACCCUUAGUCUGCUUCUUUGUGCUUUCAAGGGUUUUUUUUUUUUUAUAUAUAUCAAUCUCAAUUUCAUCA